UUAAGGCCUGCAGAACUGGUUCUCACUUAGAAACAGGGCUUGUGUGGUUGCCUGUUUCCGUCUGUUGUACCAUGGGUCAUUUUGUUGGAUUGGGGUGGCUUAUUUUGCUCAUGGCAGUUGUAAACAUAGAAGCUCAAAAGAAACCCUCUAUGACUAUCAGCUCACAAUGUCUGGGGAACCUAAUGCAUGUGGAUGUUGGUCCUCAUGAAGGGGAACUUCUGGAAGUUUCUGCUGUCAUAGAUAAUUCUUCCAUCCUUCUUACACCGAGUUUAGCAUCUCAGUGUGGCUUCAGCAUGAAAACGGAUCAGCUUGGGAAUACUGUGAUUUUUGCCUCCAUCCAAAACUGUUUUGCUGAAAAUGCGGGAGACAAAACAUUCACAACAACACUAAAUCUUCGGCUGAAUGGGAACCAGGUGGUUGAAGACGAGCUGUACCAGGUGGCUGAAACCUGCCACUAUGCUAACUGGGCCUCCAGAGAAAUUAUCUGUGACCACAACUAUAUGGAGGUGUCUGUGAAAAGGGCAGCUCCAGAUGAGUAUGUCCAACCUGAACACCGUCUCCCAAGAGAUAGUUCAAAGUCAAGCUCUCCUCAGUGUGCUGUAGAGAAAGGGCCUGUAGGUUCAGGAUUCAGGACAAUAACAGUGGUGUUCUUCACUCCUGAAGAGAGGCUUAUGUCAAUGACUGAGGCUCAGGAAAGGGGUUAUGGAAUAACAAGCACUCCUUCAAGGCUGGUUGUGCGAAGUCCAAGGCCUGCACCUGAAACGUACACCGAGACUGUGGCAGGGGUGCCUAUGACUGUGCUCAAAACCUCUACGAUCUUUGAAAAGAAGUGGCUGGCGACUCAGAUCGAUGCAGCGGCUGCUUGUCCAAUACUGGAGGGCAGUGUUUCUUUUACUCAAAACACAAUCACCUGGUACCUACCCUGGCACAUUGACCCACUGAUUUCCUCUGGCCAGUUUAAACUGUUAGAGGUGCACAUGGGCGUUGAUGGCCAGAGGCUCGAUGCUGCUGAGAUGGCAGCCAGACAAUACUCCAUGUCUGUCAGUGGUGCAUAUGUGAUCAUUGAAAUUCCUAUUGGGGCUGUCGGUGGCUACUAUAAGAGCCAUGUUCAGGAUGAGCAGUGCCUCCUCUCCUACACGAUUGAGCCAAUGAUUGAGCUGCACUGGAGUGAUGAAACCACCCAUGAGGACACAAGAUACAAAGUCCUCCUUCCCAUUACAACACCAUUACUGUCUCAACCUCCACAAGUUGCUGACUAUACGGUCCCUGAGGAACGGGUAUUUAAGGUGAUGCUUGGGCCUUUGGGCUUUAAUGUGGCACUAGUGAACAUUACCUUAUCCUCUGAGGUUUUGUCUGUGGCUGACUGCAAUGCCAGAGGAUUUAACGUCCUGGAGCACAUAUCCCCUAACAGCAGCUUGAAGGUUUUUACACUUCAAGUGCCCUUCACAGACCCUGUUGUUUCCCAACAGAAACAAAUGGGGCAUACAGUCUACUUUUCAUACCUGGCCUUUGACUUGUUGGUUCUGCCAGAGUUGACUCCAUUUUCCCUCACUGCUUAUUUGGAAGCUACAUCAGAGGAUAUGGUUCUGCCAGAGUUGACUCCAUUUUCCCUCACUGCUUAUUUGGAAGCUACAUCAGGGGAUAUAGUUCCUCCCACUGUCACUGGUAGCUGUGAUUUGCAAAACUUCCAUGUCUUUGUGAAAUACGGCACCAGUGGCUCAAACUUUGAGACUGUAGUGGGGAAACAAGUGCUGACUUCAGAUUUGGCUGAGCAGUACAGUUUUGCAGAGAAUGGAACACACUUCAGUCUUCAAGUCCCCUAUUCAUCCCCUAAUGUUCUGUUUCAGGCUGUUGAGCCAUCAUUCAUCAGGAGCAGACUUCGUGUGGUUCUGAAGAAUCCUGAGACCAGCACGAAUAUCAAAGAAUUUUCAUUGGCCUGCAACUUUCCCUCAAGACUGAUUGAGUGUUUCCCUAAUGGAACCAUUACGGCACUAGCUGUGAAACUGGAAUCUGUCCCCAGUCUGAACCCCAGUCAUCUCACACUCAGAGACCCCACCUGUGGUCCCUCAUUCAGCGACGAGCGCUAUGCUUACUUUGUUUUCACUGCAAACACCUGUGGCACAACCAGAAAGUUUUUGCGCACUGUGAUGCUGUAUGAAAAUGAAAUAUCUCUGCCAGGCGUAAAUGAAUCCGAGGAGAAGCAUCGAUAUGCAUUGAAGAUUUCUUGUUACUAUAACAUCAACACAACAAACACUGUGGGCUUCCACACUAAACCUGGUAUGAGUGAACAACUUCCUGAAAGUCCAAAAAGUGAGCUGCCAGUUGCAAUGAGACUUGCGUUGGACGACUCCUACAGUGUGUUUCACAAAUUGGAGGACUAUCCAGUGACAAAGUACCUACAACAACCACUGUAUUUUGAGGUGGAGUUGAUGGAGUCUAAAGAGCCUGACUUGUCAGUGGAGCUGGAGAACUGCUGGGCAACUACGAACGCAGACGGGGCAUCACAACCCAGAUGGAACCUCAUCAUUGAUGGUUGUGCAAACUCAGUUGAUCCAUACCAGGCAGUCUACCAUCCUGUUUGGGUUAAUGCCAGAGUUCAGAAUCCCUCUCACUUCAAACGCUUUGAGGUCCAGAUGUUUGCCUUUCAUGACCAAGAUAACUUGAGUGGCCAGCUCUUCAUCCACUGUGAUGUGGUAACCUGUCAUGCUAAUAAAAAUCAACUUGGUGCAGUUUGUAACAGGCAAUGUUCAACUGGGGAGCCUGGCAAGAAAGGUCAAAGACGUGCCGUUUCACAUGUGUCAUCAGGACCCAUACUGCCAAGAUAAUCCUAAUAAAAAUGGCUUUUACAAUUCA